AUGGCCUUCGUGCUCACUUUGACUCUUAGUCUCAUCCAACUGGGGUCAGGUCAAUGGCAGGUAAUUGGACCUGACAAGACUGUUCAGACCUCAGUAGGGGAGGAUGCAGUGUUCUCCUGCUUCCUGUCUCCUGAGACAAGCGCAGAGGCCAUGGAAGUGCGCUUCUUCAGGGAACAGGUCUCUGAUGUAGUCCACCUCUACAGGGAUGGGAGUGAUGACCCCUAUAUGCAGCUGCCAGAAUACAAAGGAAGAACUGAGUUGGUGAAGGAUUUCUUAGAGGAGGGGUAUGUCUCCUUGAGGCUGAAGAAGGUCACUUUGUCAGAUGCUGGUCUCUAUGGAUGCUGGUUUAAUUCCCACACACAUGACCAGGAAGCCAUCUGGGAGAUGCGAGUGUUCGCACCUGGCUCAGCUCUUCUCAUUUCUUUCAUCGGUUAUAUGGGUGAAGACAUCCAAUUGCUGUGCAAGUCCUCAGGCUGGUUCCCCCAACCCACAGUGAAGUGGAAAAGUCCACAGGGACGUGAUUUACCCUCGGACUUGAACGUGAACACAGAUGUGGAUGGCUUGUUUGAUGUGGAGUCUGCAUUUAUAGUCAAGGAAAAUUCUGGAAUCAUAUCAUGUUCCAUACAGCAUAUUGAACAGAGGCAAGGCAUGGAGUCCAGAGUACAGAUAGCAGAGACUUUAUUCCAGCCUUCACCCUGGCGCCUGCCGUCUAUUUUACUGGGAGUACUCUUCUUUGUCCUGUGUGUUGGUUUCACUGGUCUGGGAAUUUUCCUCUACAAAUCUCAGGGUAAGUGAGAGAGAGAAGCAUGGUGGAGAAGGGAGUACAAACAAGCAGAAUGGAGAAAGGCCCGGAAACAUGCAGUGGAGGUGACUCUGGACCCAGACACGGCUCAUCCCCGUCUCUGCAUUUCUGAUCUGAAAGCUGUGACCGAUAGUUUUUACCAGGUUGUGCCCUACUUGAAGAAGAGGUUCUCGAUGAAGUGUGUGGUGGCUUCUCAGGGUUUCCAGGCAGGGAAACACUACUGGGAGGUCGAUGUGGGACACAAUAAAUAUUGGGGCUUGGGCGUCUGCCGGGAUGAUGUUAACAGAAAGAGAAAUUUUGAGAAUUUGUCUCCCGAAAAUGGGUACUGGGUGCUGAGACUGAAUGAAAAAAAUAAGUACUUCACAUUCAUAACUGACAGAAUUGAACUAUCUCCGAGAAUCCCCCCUACACGAGUAGGGGUCUUCCUGGACUAUGAAGGUGGGACCAUCUCCUUCUUCAAUAUAAAUGAUCAGUCGCUCAUUUGUACCCUGACACAUCAGUUUGACGGGUUGUUGAGGCCCUAUAUCCUGUGUGAAGAUUAUUGUACAACUCCUCUAGUCAUCUGUGCUGUGCCGCAGACAUCAGAGGAAGAAGCUCCUCCAGAACCACUGAUGCAGACGACUUGGAGCCCUCUGCGCAGGUGA